AUGCCGCCGGGCUCCGACGAGAGAAUGAUGAUUGCCACGGAGACUCCUGAGCCUCUGAUCUCGAUCCAAAUCCUCCGCUCCCCCGCCGCGUUCCCCCCUCGGCCCCUCCCCUCCCUCUUCCCCCGUCGCACCCUCCCCUCCCUUCUCUCCCCUGCAGGCACCUCCUCCAUUGCCACCGGCGGGAGCUCGAGGCCCGGGCGGAGGUGGUCGGCCAGCCGCGGGAGCUCCACGCACGAGCGGAGGUGGCCUGCCGGCGCGGGAGCUCGAUGCGGGGCGAAGGCGCAGGAGCUCCACGCGGCUGGCCGGCAAAGGGGCUCCACGCGCGGGCGUAGGCGGCCUGCCGGCGCGGGAGCUCGCCGACUACCGCGUCGUGCUCUGAUCGAUGUAGGGAAACAACAGCUUAUCAUGGGGAUUUUUAUGCGUGACAAUCCACUGGUAUCUCCUAGUGAAGUAAAUAGACAUCAUUAUACUCUUGCAUUUUUAGGAUCAGGGAGUGAAAGAUUUGCUGGGUCUGGAUCAGAGGAUAUAUGUCACGCAUGGAUAAGAUUUGAAGAGGAGAAUGGCACCUUGGAUGAUUAUGACCUUGCUGUAAAAAAGUGCUUCUUCAAUUCCAGAACAUUAUUCACUGAAGUUUGUGUUAUUGUUCAUGAGGUAUGCCAAAAUUCUGCUAGUGACAUAACACAUGUUCUUUUCUGAUUGUUAUACCAUGUGAUCUUCUUCCCUAUUGUAUCCUCUUUGUAGCUUUGGGAGCUGACAAGCUGUGGUAACUUGUAACAUCAGACUGCAAAUCAAAGUAGGAAGAUUUGUCUAUCUUCAGCUUGACAAAUUUUUAAUAGUGGACUAGAUGACCAACGUUUCCUUUUUUUUUCUAAUGGAGCAAGUCAUUUUAAAUGUAUGUGCUCUAUUUAUUUAUGUACACUGAAAUUGAUUUAUCUAUGUUAUGAGAUGAUAAAUCAGUCUAUCAUCUGAAAUAGUUGCAGUACUGCUAAUCUAAGUUUCAUAUAUUUCAAAAGUUAUUUGGUGAUCGAUGUGUCUCUUUCUGGUAUGCUCAAGCAUAGUGUUACUUAUUGUCAUUCACCUGUUUACAUAUGUACAUGACUAUUUCCUCAUGUCUCAAAAUUAACAAUCAGAUGCAUCUUUUGAUGUGGAAGAAGUUCUAACUCAUCAUCUUAUCUUCUGCAGAAUAAAUGCAACAAAUAGUGGUAAAAUGGCCCACAGGAAUUAUUGGAGAUUAAGAACACGAAGCACCAUCCAUUACUAUUGCAGACGCUUCAUGAUCUCUGUGGCCAUUUGGAUUACUCCUUCACAUCAGUAUGGAAUCUAGAUGGCCAAACAUUCGCCACUGGAAACCAAGACAAGACAUGCAGAGUUGGGACAUCAGGAAUCUCUCCAAAUCACAUGCUGUAUUGGGUGGAUUUGUUUGAGUUCAAUAGAUUAGGACUGCAUUUGUAAUGUAUAUAGUGCAUAAAGCAUGUGAAUCUGUGAUGUAAAGAAUGGAUAAAACAUGUGUGUUUGUGAUAUAUAUAAGAGUAUAUUCGGUCCUC